CCGGCAGUGUUCUUCUUCUCUUCAUAGUCGUGGAUGCUCACCUCGUUGAGGCGAGCCAGCUCCUAUCCUAUCCUUCUCUAAGUCUUGUGUCUCCGAGAAGUAACACCUCGUUCAUCGUCGGCAGGAAGGGAGAGGCUAGCGUGCUCUUGGAGGAC